CCUCUCCCAGAUAAGGGCUCUGUUCAAAAGUAUUUUCCCUCUCCCUCUGCUUCUCACUUCCAGUUCUCUUCUGCUGGGAUCUCCACGUCAUCCAGGACAGGGUCUAUGAGAGGUGUGUCCUGAAUAAAGAAUGGCUCCAGCAGUGGGAACAGACUUGGGUUACAGCCCACCGGAUGGAGGCUGGGGAUGGAUGGUCGUUGUUGGGGCUUUCAUAUCCAUGGGGUUCUCCUAUUCCUUCUGUAAAGCUGUCACAGUGUUCUUCAAGGAAAUCCAGGAAUAUUUUGGGGCCUCAAAGAGUGAAAUAGCAUGGAUUUCCUCUCUGCUGCUUGCCUGCAUGUAUGCUGGAGGUCCCAUCAGCAGCAUCUUGGUAAACAAAUAUGGCAGCCGCCCUGUGGUCAUCGCGGGGGGCAUCCUUAGCGGGUUGGGCAUGAUCCUGGCCACAUUCAGUACCAGCAUUUUACAGCUUUACAUCUUCGUCGGAGUCCUUGCAGGGUUUGGCUUCUCUUUGAACCUUCAACCCUCCGUUAUCGUUGUGGGGAAGUACUUUAAUAAAAGACGACCGAUGGCUAAUGGCUUGGCAAUGGCUGGAAGUCCUGUUAUCCUAUCUACCCUUGCUCCACUGAAUCAGUUUCUUUUUGACAAGUAUGGAUGGAGGGGCAGCUUCUUUAUCCUGGGAGCCCUGAUUUUGAACUGCUGUGUGGCGGGUGCACUCUUCCGUCCCAUUGGACCAAUGGCUACUAAUAACAAAAAGGAGAAAGACCCAGAAAAAGUUAAAGGUUCAACUGAGCCAGGAAAAACAACAGAUUCAGAAAAGAAGGAGAAAGAAAGUUGUCUAACCCGGUUUAACAGAACUCUGGACUUGAGUCUCUUUAAGCACCGGGGUUUCUUGAUCUACCUCAUUGGAAACGUCCUGAUGUUCAUUGCUUUUUAUGCCCCCAUUGUGUUUCUUGCUCCAUAUGGAAAACAUUGUGGUGUUGAUGAAUAUUCAGCUGCCUUUCUCUUGUCCAUACUUGCCAUGGUUGAUAUGUUUGCCAGGCCGUUAACUGGAAUAAUAGCCAACACCAAAUGGAUAAGGCCAAGAAUCCAGUACUUCUUCAGCUUUUCUGUGAUAUUUAAUGGUGUGUGUCAUCUUCUGUGCCCUCUGGCUACUUCCUACGCGGGCCUUAUCACGUACUCUGUGUUCUUUGGCUUGGGCUUUGGCAUGGUAUGCUCCUUGCUCUUUGAAACCCUUAUGGAUCUAGUCGGACCCAAGCGAUUUGCAAGUGCUGUUGGACUGGUCACAAUUGUAGAAUGUGUUCCUCUUCUACUAGGACCACCAAUUGGAGGUGCCAUUAUAGAUAUCCUAGGAGAUUUUAAGUAUAUGUUUUUUGAGUGCGGAGCCAUUAUUGUGUUUUCUGGUGUCUUUCUGUUGGUCGGCAACUUCUACAACUAUCGAAUGCUCAGGAAGGAGGCUGAGGCAGAAAAAAAUGAAGAGAAGAAAGAGUUGGAAAUGAAGGAAAAUGUUGGACAGAAAAAAGCCGACUACAACCAAGUUGCCACUGAAGACAAGCCAAAAAACGGCAGUGAAAUCCCAACCACGAUAUUCGAAGCAGAGAAAUCAGAUGAAGCCAAUGGAUCGGGCCACACGUGUUAGAAGAACUUUAGAAAAUCUACUUUAUAGGCUUGAUGUGCCUGUGUGACUUAUAGGGCUGCAUCUGGCAGCCUGUUUUGUACUGUAAUGUAAGCCCCACCCCAAUUUCUGAUGCCAUCGAGUGGGCGUGGCCAGCAACAAUGACUCUACAUUAAGUACAGUGGUUAAGCAAAAUUAAAUAUGUCAAAUACUGAAUUGAGUUUAUUAAAAGGGCUCUA